CUAUUAUUAACCCGAUCAGGGGCUGAUGUGGAUCCCCCUUAGUAGGUACGGAGAACAUACAAGUACAAGUAGUAUUAAUUUUUCGGUGACAUGGCAAAUGGUCAAAAGAGAGUCAAACCACCAACAUGGCUCUUCCCUAGCCCAUCGUAUUCAUGUCCCAUGUUGAUUUCUGUCUUUCUUUUUCUUCGUGGUUGUCGUAAAAUGGUAUGACACAACUAAGAAUGCCACAGGCGCACAACCCGGCCUUCCGUUGGCCUCAUCGCCUCGGAAGAAUUAUCCUCCUCACUGUUGCCCUCGUAAUACUGCUGAUCUAUGCCACGAAAUCCAGUUGGGAGCAGUCGCCAGAUCCCAGUCGAUUGUCCACCGUAACCCAGGUUAUCGAAACCCUACCCCCCAAUCAUCCACCCGUACUUGUCGAGAACGAAGCCGAUUCUGCAAAGGGCAUCAUCGUGUCUCUGCCUCCAUCUCCAAGCCUUAUAGAAUCAGAACGACCGACUGCGACUCCCCUGCCGGUGCCUACCAAGGCAUUGACCGACCACGAUGAAGACCUCAGCCCGACUGGUGAAGGAGCACUUUACUCCAAGAUUGGGAAAAUAACCAUGCUUUACUAUGACAAAGUCACUAAAGACAGCGUCUGGUUUGAAAAGGCACUGGCCGGACACAAAGCCCACAAUCUACGGUUCGGCUACAAACACUUCGUCCUCCGUCACGAAAUUGUGCCCGAUGUUUGGUCAAAACAGGCAUUCAUCCUAUCCAUCCUGUUGCAAGAGCUGGCGAAACCAAUGGGUGAUCGGUUGGAAUGGUUGUUUUGGCAUGACGCCGACUUGGUGCUUAUGAAUGCGCAACUUCCGCUCGAGAUGUUCGUUCCGCCAGACGCAUUCUCUCACGUCCACCACUUAGUUGCCAAUGAUCUGAACGGCCUGAACGCAGGGGUAUUCUUCCUGCGGGUGCACGAGUGGUCGAUGUGGUAUCUCUCGGCGGUUAUGUCAUACACCACCUACAACCCAGAUAAGCAGCUGCGGUACUCGGAGCAGACGGCCAUGGAAUGGUUGAUUCAGGACAAAUGGGGCAAGAACACGACUCACGUCCCCCAGAGAUGGUUCAAUGCCUAUCAAGACUAUGGUACUGACGACACCGUCCCUCCUGAAUGGGAAUGGAAGCACGGUUACUAUGAGCCUGGCGAUAUUCUCGUUCACCUUCCUGGCACCGGCGAUGCCCGACCCGACACGAUGAAAGAAUGGAUCGAUCGCGUCCGCGACGAAAAUGCCAAGUACGAAAUCCCUCUUGCAAAUACUGCCCACAUGAAGAACGUUACCGAAUUCUGGGCCAACGACGCUAGGAAAGAGAAGGAGAAUCAAGAUACGUAUUGGCGGCGAUGGCAUAUUUUAAUGAGGGUGGGCAGUCAACAGGACGACUUGCAAAGGGAGGCUGUCAAGGAUGCUGAACAACGCGCAGUCGAGAAUGGGUUGAGCGAGGACGCAAAGGAGAUGAAGCUGAACGAGGUCAAGGAGAAGUUCAGACUGCAGAAGAUUGCCGCUCUGAGGCAGGCGGAGAAGGAAAAAUUGCAGCAAGAGGGAUUGAUCGAGAAGGAUCAUGAGGCUGGAACAAAAGAUGAAGAAACAACCGCUGACUGAAAAGCCGACAGUACGAGGAAAGGAGGUCGUCUCGUAUCUCCCCUACUAUCCGAUCGUCAACUCAACACCGUGACAAUGUCGCCAGUCGCUGCCCAGCCGCACUCCGUCAAAGAACAGGACAUGGUACGCACCAUCGCAUAUCUAGUCGAUCGACAGCGAAGGCCGUGUUGUGGCAGCUUCUAUCAGAUGCAAGGCACAGAAGAGCCCUUCUUGCGGGAAAAUUCUUCCUUCAGUGCAUGACGGAGGAUGUAUUCGCAUGCAUGCAUGAUGCGAAAUGGUGAAACUGAAUGGUCACUCAGAAUUCAGACUGGGGGGACAGAGCGGGCGCCGUGGUUAGAAAGGGCAAAGUGUGAUGGCGGUCGGAUCGGGGGCUUCCAAGUGGCUUCCAAGUGGCUUCCAGGUGGCUUCCAGGUGGCUUUCGGGGGCCACCACAAGGACCCCUUGCUUGUUUCCCCCGAAGCUGCCGUCGAAAAGGUCUAGAACACAAAGUAAUCCAGGCACAUGGGCUUUAAUAGGCUCGCUGGUUAUUUUCAAGGUCGAGGGACCCAUCAUGGCCCAAUGAUUACGCAUUCUUCAAG